AAUAUUUCCUUGAUGCAGUUGCCAAUUCGCCAGUUUACCGCUGAAUACAAAGGCACCCAACUGCACAGUAAGUGAGGAAGUAUUGGAAGCACUCGUCCCAAAAGGAAUUGCAACAAUGGACAUGUUGGUGAAAGAUUCCCUGGAAACACUUUGGUCAAAUGAAUGGAUAAGAAAAAGCAUUGUGAUAUGCAUUGGAUUUGGAGUUAUUAUUUCUGUAAAAAAAUUCUUUGAAAACAGAAAAUUGGCUAAGUUAAGAGCUGAUUGGAAUGCAGCAGGCAAGGAUGUUGUGGUUCUUCACCAAUUUUGGCGUGGCAAAUAUUGUCCCAAUAUGAGUCCAUAUGUCUUGAAAGUGGAAUGUUUUAUGCGUUUGGCUGGUAUCAAGUAUGUUACUGACAUCCAAAAACCUUUUGGAGCAAGAGGUUUGUGUCCUUGGAUCACUCUUAAUGGGGAAGACAUUGAUGAUUCCCAGCAUAUACUUGAACGUUUGACGGAGCAGUUUAAUGUCAAACUUGAUGACCAUCUCACACCAGAGAGAAAGGCAACUCUUGAAGCUAUAAGAAUCAUGUUGGAAGAACACUUCUUCUGGAUUUUGUUCAUGUAUAGGUAUUACCAUACAAAUUGCAAGGUAUUUAAGAAAACUCAAGUAUUCCCAACUUGGUUUCUGCAUUACUUUUUCUCAACAUACCUUUACUACCACUCACAAAAGCGAGGAAGAGCACAAGGUAUUGCUCGACAUACAUAUGCUGAACAGGUCAAGAUGACUGAGAAAAAUCUUGAGAUCCUUAAUACACUUCUUGGUGAUGGCCAGUAUUUUGGUGGUGACCAGCCCUGUUCAACUGACUGCAUUAUUUUUGGAUUUUUGGCCCAGGGCAUGUGGAAUGACACUGACUCACCCUUUGAGACACUUAUCAAAGUUACAUAUCCAAAGUUAGCUGCUUACUGCAUCAGGAUAAAGGAGCGUAUAUAUCCUGACUGGAAGAAGCUGUUAAAUCCACCUCAAGAAUAAAGGUGUUCAGGUCUUCCUAUAGUUCACAUAUUCAGAUUUUUAAAUCUUUUCAGCAGUACAUAAAAUUACCUCAUAAUUGUAGUUGGAUUCUUGAAGUAUCAAAGUAAUUAUGAUCUUAAAAAAUGUAAAAUAAAUAUGGUCUUGUAGAUAGUAUAGGUUAAAUGUAUCAUUUCUAAGACUGCUUAAUGUCAUUGUGAUUUGGGAACAAUAAAUAAUAGUUGGAGAAUUGC